AUGGUUUUAAGAGAAGGAUGCUUACAGACGUCGACACUCUUCAGGAAGGCAGUUUUCAAGCCAAUUGUAAGAUCUCCGUUUAAGAGACAUUUUUUUGGUUUGGGCGCCACUAACCAUGUUAUUAGGGAACAGCGAUAUGUCUUGCGCAAGACUAUAAACACUCACCCCAGCACGAUUUAUGCAGCAGUGUCAGAGGUUUCUGAAUACAAGGAGUUUAUCCCUUAUUGUGUUGAUUCCUUUGUAGAUAAGCGAAAUCCUGUGGAUAAGAAGCCUGUGAUUGCUGGGCUUCGAGUUGGUUUCAAACAAUACGAUGAGGAGUUUAUAUGCAACGUUACCUGUAAAGAGAAGGUAAAUGGAGAUGACAUAUACACAGUUGUUGCGGAAACCGUAUCUCAUAAUUUAUUCCAUCUUUUGUAUUCAAAAUGGACUAUAAUGCCUCAUCCUACCAGACCGAAUGCGGCCAUGGUAGAACUUUUAUUACGAUUUAAGUUCAAAUCUCGGAUAUAUAACAGCGUUUCUCUGCUAUUUGCAAAAACCGUAACCGAAUUAGUGAUGAACGCCUUUGCCAAAAGGGCAUAUCAUUUAGUAAGGCUGGCAAUGCUAAAACCAACUUCCAAGGAAAGCUCCUCAUGA